GCUCGCGGCUAGCCCCCUCGGCCUUGCCGCUGCCUGGUGACCGCCGCCAGAGUCCUCCCUGGGCCCCCAGGCCGCCAACCACCCGGCCCGGUGGGUGGGCGCGGGGCCGGUUAUAUCGGCUGGCGGCGGUGACUCGGCGACCUUGGCUAGGAGGCUCUGGCGGGGAUCCACCCACGGUGGCAACGGCGACCCGGACAUUGCCCAGCACGGGGUGCAGAGUAAACUGUGUGUCCUCGGGCUGGCCGAAGAGAUGUUGGCAUUCGCGGUCAGGACAGUGCCCAGGCAAGUGGCUGCCUCUUGCUAGGCUCUGCUCACCCACUUGGUAGCACAGUUAGGCUUAGAGAUCCAGCCCAAGGCAGAGACAGACAGGGCUCAGAACCUCAGUCCUGCCAUGGAGGACGGGCAGCAGGAAGAGAAGGUGAAGCCCGUGGGCUUCCUCAAGCCCUCAUCCUUGACAAAGGCUGUCAGCCGCUUCAAGGCGCACCAGGAUGCCCUGCCCCGGCUGCCCGUGCCCUCACUCCAGCAGUCCCUGGACCAUUACCUGAAGGCACUGCAGCCCAUCGUGAGCGAGGAGGAGUGGACCCACACCAAGCAGCUGGUGGAGGAGUUUCAGGCCUCAGGGGGCGUAGGAGAACGCCUGCAGAAGGGGCUGGAACGCAGGGCCAAGAAGAUGGAGAACUGGCUGUCCGAAUGGUGGCUCAAGACGGCCUACCUCCAGUACCGCCAGCCCCUGGUCAUCUACUCCAGCCCUGCCCUAGUGCUGCCCAGGCAGGACUUCGUGGAUCUGCAGGGACAGCUCCGGUUUGCUGCCAAAUUCAUCGAGGGCGUGCUGGAUUUCAAGGCCAUGGUUGACAAUGAGACCCUGCCUGUGGAGUACCUGGGGGGGAAGCCGCUGUGCAUGAACCAGUACUAUCAGAUCCUGUCCUCCUGCCGCGUGCCGGGCCCCAAGCAGGACACGGUCAUCAACUUCAGCAAGACCAAGAAGCCGCCCAUGCACAUCACCGUGGUACACAACUACCAGUUUUUUGAGCUGGACGUUUACCACAGCGAUGGGACGCCGCUCACCUCAGACCAGAUCUUCAUGCAGCUGGAGAAGAUCUGGAACUCGUCGCUGCAAACCAACAAAGAACCUGUGGGCAUCCUCACCUCCAACCACCGCAAUUCCUGGGCCAAGGCGUACAACACCCUCAUCAAAGACAAGGUGAACCGGGACUCGGUGCGCUCCAUCCAGAAGAGCAUCUUCACCGUGUGCCUGGACGCAGUCAUGCCGCGAGUAUCGGAAGACAAGUACCGCAGCCAGGUGGCCGGGCAGAUGCUGCACGGGGGCGGCAGCAAGCUCAACAGCGGCAACCGCUGGUUUGACAAGACACUGCAGUUCAUCGUGGCAGAGGAUGGCUCCUGCGGGCUCAUUUAUGAGCACGCCGCCGCCGAGGGGCCCCCCAUCGUCACCCUUGUGGACCACGUCAUUGAGCACACGAAGAAGGCCGAGCUCGUGCGGUCCCCCAUGGUGCCCCUGCCCAUGCCCAAGAAGCUGCGGUUCAACAUCACCCCGGAAAUCAAGAGUGACAUCGAGAAGGCCAAGCAGAACCUUAGCAUCAUGGUCCAGGACCUGGACAUGAUUGUGGCAGUGUUCCACCACUUCGGGAAGGACUUCCCCAAGUCCGAGAAGCUGAGCCCGGAUGCCUUCAUCCAGAUGGCACUGCAGCUGGCCUACUACAGGAUAUACGGGCAGGCCUGUGCCACAUACGAAAGCGCCUCCCUGCGCAUGUUUCACCUGGGCCGCACUGACACCAUCCGUUCAGCCUCCAUGGACUCGCUUGCCUUUGUCCAAGCCAUGGAUGACGCCAACGUGACGGAGCUCCAGAAGGUGGAACUGCUGAGGAAGGCCGUGCAGACCCACCGAGCCUACACCGACCGGGCCAUCCGCGGGGAGGCCUUCGACCGGCACCUGCUCGGCCUGAAGCAGCAGGCCAUCGAGGACCUGGUGAGCAUGCCCGAUCUCUUCAUGGACACCUCCUACGCCAUCGCCAUGCACUUCAACCUCUCCACCAGCCAGGUCCCUGCCAAGACAGACUGCGUCAUGUCCUUUGGGCCCGUGGUCCCAGACGGCUACGGCAUCUGCUAUAACCCCAUGGAGGCCCACAUCAACUUCUCCGUAUCAGCCUACAACAGCUGCGCCGAAACCAACGCCGCCCGCCUGGCGCACUACCUGGAGAAGGCGCUCCUGGACAUGCGCACCCUGCUGCAGAGCCACCCCCGGGCCAAGCUCUGAGCCCCCAGCUCGGGCCAGCCAGUGCCACCGCCGCACCGCCUUCGGGUGGGUCGCCCGCCAGGGCUCCACACUUUGUCCCUUGUCCCCCUGGGCCCUGCAGAUCUGACUGAGCCAGGGCCAGCACCACGCUCUCAGUGGGGCCAGCAGGCCCGAGCCAAGUGCCUUCCGUGGGUUGCCCCCAGCAUCUGCUGGGACCGUGUCCUGGGCUCUGUUCAGAGGCUGAGCAGGACGUAGGCCCGGGCGCCCCACGUAUCCCCCACAGAGGGCUUCCUCUAGGGAAAGGAACCAGCUGAGUCCCUCCACGUCAGGGUGGGAGAUGGGGACAUCCUUUUCUCAGUGGUUCACCUCCGGCCAGUCCCCGCCGGCUACGCAGCCUGGCCAGAUCUGUACCCCGGCCCUCAAACUCCCACAAACCUCAAGACAGGACUGUCUGGAGCACAGGGACUGUGGGCCACCCCAAGGCUGAGAGGCUGGGGCACGAGGUAUACUGGGGAGAGGAAGCCCAGGACUGCCUGUCAGCCACCCGGCGCCACGAGGCCAUCUCCCAAGGCACUGCUGUACUCUUUGAAGAAUGCGGCUCAAGGGCCCCACUUCACUCGCUUCCACUUGGUUGGCUUCCUGAACCAUGUUCCUGAUUGUAUCAUAGUGACAUGCGAGGUAAUUAAUAAAAGGAAAAUUUG